AUGGCAUCUAGAAGCAAAUUGAUUUUCAAACUGUUGGAAGAAGAUAAUGUAAAUACUGGAGACCUCCAAGAUGAAAAUUUCAUGAUGGGCAAUGCGGGUGUUUUCUUUGAAGAACCUGUCUUAGCAGAUGAAGGUAAUAGAUCAAGUCCUGCACCUUCACUGUCCUUCUGUGAACCGAAUGUUCGAAAGACUUUAGAAAAAGUUAUUGAUCAAGUAUGUGGGAUUGAUGACGACAAAGGUUAUAUGGAAUAUCUAGGUAUUGAGGAGGCGUUUCAUGAUAGUGACGCGGACCCAGAUUAUACACAAGAAAGUGAUACCGACUCCGAUAAUGACAUCCCAAAGAAAAAGCUGCAAAAAGAUACAACAGCACUUAUUGCACAUGAGUCAGGAAGAGAAAUAUUAAAAAAUAAACCUGGACGAGAAUCGCUAAAAAAUGAAACUAGGCUAAUUCAUUGUUUAAUUAAAGAGCAGCAACAGCAACCUCAUCCUCAACAGCGACGUCCCGUAGAAGAACAUAGACAACCAGCCAAUGUAGUAUACCAAUACCAAUAACAGUAUUAAAAAUUAUUUUAUUUAAGUUAUGUUAAAGUAGAAGACUGUGGUUAAAUGUAUAAUGUUUAUUUUUUAUAUUUUUUGUUUUAAUAAUUUAUACAUAUCAAAUAAAAUCUGCUUUCAAA